GACCGGACCCGGUUCCUCGGGAAGAGAGGAAGAGAGAGAGAGAGAAAGAAGGAGAAGGAGAAGGACAAAGAGGAGGAGCCUGGUUCUCCUCUCGCCCUUGUCAGGACCAAAACGAACAUAUGUUCUGAAGGAAGCUCAUACGAGGCGGUGAAGAAGGAGAAGAGUGGAGGCCAAAAUGUCUCUGAGCGUUUUUAGAGUGGGUAGACGACUGCUGAGACCGCUUGCCUCCGGCGCCUCACUGAUUCCUCGCAGAGGAUUUGCGGUUGGGGGGCCCAAGUCCAAGAAGGGCGGCGGCGGCAAAGGAGGAAGUGCAGACGCACCGAAGGCUGAAACGCUCUCCAAAGAGGUAAAGGCCUCCACGGUGGUGGGUGCCAACAUCCUCAAAGACGGCGCGGAUCCCAAAAUCUUGCCGGACUCAGAGUACCCCGACUGGUUAUGGCACCUCUUAGACAAGAAGCUACCCCUCAGCGAGCUCAAGAGGAAGAACCUCGAGACCCUCCCUUAUGAAGACCUCAGGCGCUUUGGCAAACUUGACAAUCGGGCUCGAAUCAAGGAGAACAACUCCGUUAGGGCCAAACACUAAAAGCCCGACUUCGAUGCAUAUUGAUGGGCAUAGAUUAUCGAGAAUGAUGUCUGCUAGAUGAUGGUGAUGGUGUGCUGCUUUGAGUCCAGGAUGCCCAGAAGGUGCACGAUCUAUUUAAGAAAAUCUCUUGAGAACUUUCUCCAGUUUCUACCAAUGAUCAACUUCGCCCCUUCAAAUGUGGAUUUUUUCAGGAAUAUUUGUAGCUCUAUGUGUUCAUGAUAGAGUGAUCUGGGGAUGGGAUGGUUGGUGGUUAUAUCCAUGAGCAAGAAAUAACAAGAACGCUGUUGACUUUUUGAAAUACCCCUUUUAUGGUGUGACCUCCGAAUGACAACUAGAAGCAAGUUCAUGAGGUGGGAAUGUGGUUUGCACAUUAAAUAUCGUCCAGAAGGUCAACGUGGAGAAAAUCACCAAAUGUCUAUCCCUAUUUGUUUUCCUUCAUUGAAUUCUCCAAGCAUUCCUUGAUCAAGUUGCUAACCUCUCUGUCUCUCUCCCUCCCUCUGUCUCUUUCGUGGACUACUUUGAGAGUGGCUCGUCCAUGAUUGUGUUGCAAUCUAGGGUGUGUUUGGUUAGUGCAACAAAGUGGAUGUCAUGGGGGCAAUCUACGAAAUUGCAGAAACUGGCACUCGUGUCAAGCCUGCAUGGGAUCCACACCCUUGGCUGGUGGGUUGGCUCAAUGUGUUUAAAUUUGUAGUCGGAAAGGGAUUGCACCUGUGACAAACAUUGCCUUCACCUGUGACAAACAUUACCUUCUUGAAAAGAUCAACAUCUGUGAGUUUGAAGAUUGCUAUAAUGCAUUGUGCAAUUUAUCAUCGGUGCUCGCCAGUUUAUGUAACUUUCACAACAAUACAGAUCAAUGUCUUGUUGGUGGUCUCAACCUGACUGUCCCCCCGGAAGGUAAUAGGAGUUUGAGAAAUGUUGAGUGGUUCCAGUUGUCUUGCAUAUUCCUUUUACCUCUAAUUCAUGUAUGUUUCGUUGUCAUAGACUAUGUUUAUUAGGAUUCCAAGCUUGUACUUUUAUGAAUGAAUGCGGACGGCAUGCUUACAUGGUUUUGUCA